AUGUCUACAACAGUGGAAAAGAUUAAGGCUGUCGAAGAUGAGAUGGCCCGUACUCAAAAGAACAAAGCUACCUCUUUCCAUUUGGGUCAGUUGAAGGCAAAAUUGGCGAAGCUUAGAAGGGAAUUACUAACCAGUUCACAAGCUAGCAGCGGUGGUGCUGGUAUUGGAUUUGAUGUUGCAAGAACAGGUGUUGCAAGUGUUGGAUUUGUUGGGUUCCCAUCUGUUGGGAAGUCCACACUACUUUCCAAAUUAACAGGUACUGAAUCAGAAGUAGCAGAAUAUGAAUUCACCACUUUAGUUACGGUUCCAGGUGUCAUUCGUUAUAAGGGAGCUAAGAUUCAGAUGCUUGAUUUACCAGGUAUUAUUGAUGGUGCCAAGGACGGCCGUGGUCGUGGUAAACAAGUUAUUGCGGUGGCCAGAACUUGUAAUAUGUUAUUCAUAGUCCUGGACGUUAACAAACCGUUGCAUCACAAACAGAUCAUAGAAAAGGAAUUGGAGGGUGUUGGAAUUCGAUUGAACAAGACUCCGCCAGACAUUCUGAUAAAAAAGAAGGAAAAGGGUGGUAUUUCAAUUACCAAUACCGUACCAUUAACUCACUUAGACAAUGAUGGGAUACGGGCCGUAAUGAGUGAAUAUAGAAUUAACAGUGCAGAACUUGCAUUUAGAUGCGAUGCCACAGUAGACGAUCUUAUUGAUGUUCUCGAAGCAUCGACUAGACGGUAUAUGCCUGCAAUUUAUGUGCUUAAUAAAGUUGACGCACUAUCCAUAGAAGAGUUAGAAUUGCUAUACAGAAUUCCAAACGCUGUUCCUAUAUCGUCUGGGAAAGAGUGGAAUUUGGAUGAUCUUCUCCAGCUAAUGUGGGACAGAUUGAAUUUGGUUCGUGUAUAUACAAAACCAAAGGGUCAAAUGCCGGAUUUUUCAGAUCCAAUUGUGCUGAGAUCCGAUCGUUGUUCUGUCAGGGAUUUCUGUAACCAAAUUCACAAAUCUUUAGUAGACGAUUUUAGAAAUGCAUUGGUAUAUGGAUCUAGUGUUAAGCAUCAGCCGCAAUACGUCGGUUUAAGUCAUAUCUUGGAGGAUGAGGAUGUCGUCACCAUUUUGAAGAAAUAA